GGUUGACUCACAGAAGGAAACUAGUGAGUUGUGACGUGAUGUGAAGCAGAGACACAACAGUUUAUCUCUUUGUUUCCUUCUGACAACGUAUUAAAAUAUCUUACCCCCAAGUGCUCUCAUACUGCAGGACUAAUAUGGUUCGUUCGGUCUGCAAACAGGAUUACAAAUGCGGAUUGUGCGUUUCCAAAUCGUGGUAUUUGACCAAUGAUCAGGAUUAAGUUGGUUGGAUAAUUGGAAUUAUAGAAUGAAGUUUUAUUUCCAAAGCAGUGAGACUUUAUCCCAACGGGCCAAGUGUCGGACCUUGCAGAACCUGAGGAAUGUGUCACCACCCUGGUUCUGAAUAUGUGACCUUUCACCCACAGACAGCGCAAUGGACCCCUCCAAAAACUAUAAUACCCUAGUUAAUCGGCGUGCCUUCUCCAAGGUUUGUUCUAUUGUGGGGAUGGUGCAGUUUUCUGUAUUGUUCAGAGGAGUAAGCUAGCCAGGAGAAUGUGGUUGUAAACCUCUUAGGGGCGUGACGCCACUUUCGUGUUGCCCAAGUCCUCUAACAAUACCCUCUGUGAUGGCGGAUCAGUGUCUUUCACAUCUCCUUUUAUACACCACACACACACGUCCACACACACACAUACGUUCACGUGUUACCCCCCUGCUUCAGAUUAUAGUUCUAAUCUGGCUCUCUCUCGUCUACGUCCCCCCAAAACUCGGUGCCAGCCAGCCACUCUGUCACUGCCUGGUCACUCAGGCCUCCAGAACGCACUCAGGGCGGCCGGCACUCACCCACAGACCUCUGGGACUUGUAGUUGUUUUACAUACAUGCCAACUUUGGAAGGAUCUAUUUCGAGCACUUCAGAAGAUUCCCGACUUUGUCUGAAGGUCUUGUUUUGCAUUGUACUUCCAACAAAGGAUCUCCAACAAUAAUUGUAGGAGCAAAGAAGUAAAACAAGAGAACAACUUGACUUGAAGCAUUUUAGGAGGAUACAAGAGAAACAGAAUCUGGCUGCUACUCUCAACAGAUACUGGUGACAUCCAGCCAGCCAGGUAACACACAGGAUACCUCUGAAGACACCAAAGGUGGGUCUCUUCCCGCUUACAGAGUGGUAGAGUGUCAACAUUGUGUUCUGAUAGUCCUUCUGAUGAAAGACAUUGGGAGUCUACAACUGUACAUGCGACCUGCCUAGCCUGAUCUGAGACAGAGAGAGAGAGAGAGAGAGAGAGAGAGAGAGAGAGAGAGAGAGAGAGAGAAAGAGAACAGAGACCUCGACAGUCUUUCUGAGGAGAGUUACAAUCCAACCAUGGCCGAGGCGGUAAAGAUGGCGCCAGAUGCGUUGUCGUCGUUGGACGGCCUCCGCGCUCGUUCGGACAGCACGUCCAGCACGGCGUCCCAGGGGUCAAAGGGCAAGCUGCUCCUGCGCCAGCGUCUGUCCCAGCUGCUCAUGUGCGUGGAGGACUUGAGCUCCGACGACGAGGCCAACGAGGAAGUGUCUCGCACCCUGGACGAGGCCUUCCAGCUAUGUGGACGCUUCAGCCCCAAGGACGCCUUCAGGUUGCACAUGGUCACGUGGAAUGUGGCGACAGCAGAACCCCCGCGGGAUGUCAUUUCCCUUCUGCAGCUGGAUGUCCAGCCCCCCACAGACGUCUAUGUGAUUGGUCUGCAGGAGGUGAAUGCCGCCCCCCUGCGGUUCCUCUCUGACCUGCUCAUGGAGGACUCCUGGAGCCACAUGCUGAUGGGCACACUGGCACCUCGCGGCUAUGUCAAGGUGUCGUCAGUGAGGAUGCAGGGCCUGCUGCUCCUGGUCUUCACCAAGCAGAUGCACCUGCCCUUUAUCAGGGACAUCCAGACCACCUACACCCGCACGGGGAUCUUCGGUUACUGGGGGAAUAAAGGAGGUGUGUCUGUGCGCUUCUCCUUCUACGGUCACAUGCUGUGUUUCCUCAACUGCCACCUGGCCGCCCACAUGAACUACGCUCUGCAGCGCGUGGACGAGUUCGAGUACAUCCUGGACACGCAGGACUUUGACUUUUACAACACCCCCAACAUCCGAGAUCACAAGGUGGUCUUCUGGUUCGGUGAUCUGAACUUCCGCAUUGCAGACCAUGGUAUGCACUUCCUCCGCUCAUCCAUCGAGAGUGAACGCUAUAACCUACUGUGGGCGAAGGACCAGUUACUGACGAUGAGGAAGAAGGAGCCGUUUCUACAGGAGUUUGAGGAAGGGCCUCUCAGGUUCAAACCCACCUAUAAGUUUGACCGCAACUCCGACACCUACGACAGCAGUGGGAAGAAAAGGAAGCCGGCAUGGACGGACCGCAUACUGUGGCGCAUUAAGCCCAAAACCCCGCCCCCAGAGGAAGAGGAUGAUGAGAAGGCGUCAACCUCCACCGCUGACAGCCACGAGGACGAGUGUCCAAUCAGAGUUCUCCAGGACAUCUACACCUGCGACACGAGCUACGGAGUCAGCGACCACAAACCUGUCCUGGGAGUCUUUAGUCUGGAGCUGAGGAAGCACUACGACACGGCCCUUGUGCGACUCAGCCCAGAAGGCCAGUGGAGCGCCGACCAGGACGCCGCCCUGUCAUACACCAUCCUGGAGGACUUCAUGUCCUCCACCUGGGACUGGAUAGGCCUGUACAAGAUUGGCUUUAAGAGUGUGUUGGACUACAUCACAUUCGUCUGGGUCAAAGGGGACGAUCUGCCAGAAGUACUUGAGACCCUACAGGUGUCUCUGAAUAAGGAUGCGAUUCCUCUCCUCCGUGGCGAGUAUGUGCUAGGCUACUACAGUACAAACAUGCAGUGCAUCGUUGGACUCAGCGCAAACUUCCAGAUUCUGGAGUCGAAACGAGCUGCCUUAGAGGGCCUGGUCAGUGAAAACGGAUUGAAGAAAUAAUCCUAAUCCACGUUUGGAAGACAACGAGGUGUCUUGGUACUGUAAUUGUAAACCCUGUCCAAGGAGACUCCAUCAUACAGACAUUGAGGCCAUUCUUAGGGCCAGGAAGUCUAUGCUGUGUUAGUAUUCUGUCAAAUAUUCAUCUCUCUUUUCCACACAAAUCAACAUGACGUGUACUACCCUCCCCUCUCUCUCUCUCUCUCUCUCUCUCUCUCUCUCUCUCUCUCUGUGGCUUCCUUUCUUAACUACAGACGCUGAUGUAAUCAAUCCUUGAAUCAUCUACUCUAUGUAGAAUAUACAGACUCUACAUGUGCAUCCUCUGUUGUUUGGUUUCACAUAAGCGCACAUGAUCACUACUGAAGAGAGAGCUACUUCCUGCCCAGGUCCUUCAGCUGGGAUCCCUCCUCUUGGUCUCUCUCUCAGUUUAGGAGAGACCAGCAGUGGCAGCGGAUCCCUGAGAAAAUGGAUUGUCACAGCAAGUUGGGACUGAGGAUUUCAUCCCAAGAUCAGUUGUGAAUAGUGAUCUUAAGAAAUUUGGCUUGGUUGAUGUUUCAAAGUUGGGGUACAGAGACCUGGGUUUAAAGUUUACAGUGGUGUUUGUGUGCAUGUUUGUGCAUGUGUGAGACAGAAUCAAGAGUGUGUGAGGUUGUAGCAAUAAAAUCACAAUUUUGAACAAAUAUAUCAAAUCACAAAUUUGAACAGAUAUGUUACUAAUAUUAUCCAAAGUAUAUGAGGAUAAGAACAGAAUAAAAGCAUAAGGACAGAACAGAAUCACAACAAAGUAUAUUUUAGGUACUUCUGUCCUUGUAAGUAAAUGUUUUAGAUUUUAUGUUCCACUGAUUUUUAUGUUUUAACAGAGUGCCAUUUCUUCUGAUGUUUGUAUAUUUAGAUCAUUAAGUUAAUGAGAUAAACAAAACCAUCCAAACUCUUCUUUCACAUUUCAGGAUUUCAGGAUUUUUUUUGUGUAUGUGUGUAUGAUUAUUGUCAAAAUUGGACUGAUAUCGCCGGCCGACACAGAUUGAUAUUUGUAAAGUGAAUUAAACUAAAUGUUGCAAUUAGUAGUGUUAGUGCAAUCAACAUGUCAUAGUUAUGUAGUUAUGUCUACUACUAUGUAUAUGUAAUCCAUAAAGGCGGGACCAACAUCCUUUCACUUUAUUAAUGGUUUAUUGGAAUUUUUCAAAAUGCCAUCUUUUCAGAGUCUGUCUGAGAAAAAAUUCCAUUUGAAUUUAGGUUAUUGAUGACAAUCUGAAUAAAACCUGACGAUAACUUCCUAUUUUGUGUUUUGUGUAUUUCAAGAUUGUUUUGAUAAUGUAACAGGUCCCUUCAGGGACUCCGUAUAAAUCUGCUCUGCCUCAGUAAAAAACUGAAGGUUGAAAGUUUGAGUUAAAUUUUUUUUAUUAUAUUUGUCAGUGCAUUCAUUUAGAUUG